AUGGACGAAGAUGAUGGAAAAACGUACCGAUGGGAGACUGAAUAUGAAAAGACUUGGGAGGCAAUCAAAGAAGAUGAUUCCGGUCGAAUUCAAAGUUCGGUGGAUGAGAUUAUGUACAAGUCUAUUCGGAAGCGAAUACUCAACCAGAAGAAUGUCAGACUUGGAAUGAUGCGGCAUUUGGUCAUUGUCAUUGACAUGUCUGAUGCAAUGACGAAUAUCGAUAUGAAGCCGAACCGGUUUAUUUGUUGCACUCGAAUGAUUGAAAAGUUUGUCACCGAGUUCAUUGAUCAGAAUCCGAUCAGCCAGCUGUGCUUCAUCGUGACACGAAAUAAGCGCGCCGAGAAAAUCACCGAUUUGAAUGGCAAUUUAAAGUCGCAAAUUGAAGUUCUCAAAACAUUUGCCAGUACUGGGUGUCACGGCGAGGCAUCAGUUCAAAAUGCUCUUGAAUUGGCUUAUUCAGUGUUGCGUCAUAUGCCCUCUCAUACGAGUAAAGAAGUACUGUUCAUCAUGGGCAGUUUAACCAGCUGUGAUCCUUCUGAUAUUCACAAAACAAUCGACACACUGGUCAAAAGCAACAUCAGGUGCUCAGUGAUUGGACUUUCUGCUGAGGUUUACGUUUGCAAAGCUCUCGCUUCAAAAACCAAUGGAAUCUACAACAUUGCUCUUGAUGAAACUCAUCUCAAGGAUUUAAUAUUCAGCCACCUAAAUCCACUUCCAUCAUCGGUCACCGAGUCCACCCUAAUGAAAAUGGGCUUUCCACAGUAUAUCCACGAGCCUCAUGACAAGCCAUUCAUGUGCGCCUGCCACCUUGAAGAUGAGCCCAACUUUGGCAUUUCAGGAUACUUUUGCCCUCAGUGCAACUCAAAGUAUUGCGACCUGCCAGUGGAGUGCAAGGUGUGUAGCCUAACAUUGGUGUCAGCUUCCCAUUUGGCCCGAAGCUAUCAUCAUCUUUUUCCAGUGGAUCCUUUUGCGGAGAAAUCGCUCACUUCUGUGGACCUGUGCACUGGCUGUCUGAAGGAGCUACCGGCUGGCAAGUCGGUGACAUUCUGCACCUCUUGUAAAAAUUACUUUUGCAUCGAUUGUGACGUUUUUAUUCAUGAAGUGUCUCAUGUCUGUCCUGGUUGUGCCUCAAUUCCCAGCAAGUAUUCAACAUAA